GACACCUUCACUGGUGACUUUCUUCAGCAAAGAUGCCUGACAAAACAUUAUGGGGGCUGCAAAUGAAGCCUGGCUACGGAUUGGCUGACUGUCCGGAGGCGGACAGAGACAGGAGAUGGGAAGGGACAUCUGCUACCACUGUGGAUCCACUGAACACGAGAUCUAAAGCUGCCAUGCUAAAAUAGACCCAGCCCUGGAUGUGUGCCUCAAUAAGCUGUCGUACUAUCGUAUGAGAAGGAAAAAGAGAGAAGGGGGGGCUUAAGAAGGGAGAGAUAUAAGAGGGGGAGAGUGUGUAUCCAUCAGUGUGUUGUUUGUUGUACCUAUGUGUGAAUGCCCGUAUGCCAAGAGUUUCAUCUGUAGUAAGACUGGUCACAUGUCCAGGUCCUACCCAGACAACCCCAAAGGACUAUACACCGCAGAAGGAUGUUGUCUUGUGUGUGGUUCAGUAGAACACUUCCAGAAGGAUUGUCCUGAGCACCAGGCUGCAUCUAACCAAGUGACCUUGGGCUGGCUGUUCAAUAACAUGAGUGCUGACCAUGAGGAAGUGCACGUGCCUGUGAAGAAACUCCCUCCCAAACAGGCCAAGUUAGUGGUCUUCUGACCUGCCAAUCAACCCAAAGGACUCACCAGAUUGGACAGGACUGACUAGCACAGAGCAGACUGCACAUCCCAGGACUAACUCCAUGAAGGUCACUGUUCUCGCUCAGAGCUUUAAAAAAACAACAUCCACAGAUCCAUAGUCAGUGGAAAUGGAUAGCUUCUGAAAGAGUUCUCUGUAUUCUCACACCGUGGACUCUGUGUAUUUGGAAUGUAUAUGAUUCAUAUGGAUGGGACUAAACUAGAUUAGACUGGAGACUGUGGUGUGCUGUACACCAGCUAACAGGGGUGUGUUCUGUUCAAUUUAAACAUUUGCUAUGUUCCGUAAUGGCUUGUAUAGUCCACAGUGUCUUCUGAUCCCUCCUGUCUCAGCCUCCAGUAUUUAUGCUGCAGUAGUUUAUGUGUCGGGGGGCUAGGGUCAGUCUGUUACAUCUGGAGUAUUUCUCUUGUCUUAUCCGGUGUCCUGUGUGAAUUUAAAUAUGCUCUCUCUAAUUCUCUCUUUCUCUCGGAGGACCUGAGCCCUAGGA